CAAUGGGCGCGCGGGGCGGGCCGCGGCGCGGCGGGGGAAGAUGGCGGCGGCGGGCCGGUGGCGGGCCGGGCUGGCCCUGCUGGCCGUGCUGCUGCGGCUCGGCGGGACGGCGGCCGAGCAGACCGAGGAGCACCUCAAACGCGAGCACUCGCUGUCCAAACCGUACCAGGGUGUGAGCUCGGCCAGCUCGGGACUCUGGGACCUGCUGGGCAACGCCAUGGUCAUGACGCAGUUCAUCCGCCUCACCCCCGACGUGCAGAGCAAGCAGGGAGCCGUGUGGAACCGGGUGCCCUGUUACCUGCGGGACUGGGAGAUGCAGGUGCACUUCAAGAUCCACGGGCAAGGCAAGAAGAACCUCAACGGGGAUGGUUUCGCCAUCUGGUACACCAAGGACAGGAUGCAGCCGGGACCUGUUUUUGGGAGCAAGGACAACUUCUUGGGGCUGGGAGUGUUCGUGGACACGUAUCCCAACGAGGAGAAGCAGCAGGAGGCUCAGAAGAGGAGGUACAGCCCUGGAAACCAGCGCGUGUUCCCCUACAUCUCGGCCAUGGUGAACAACGGCUCGCUGACCUACGACCACGACCGCGACGGGCGCCCCACCGAGCUGGGCGGCUGCACCGCCAUGGUGCGCAACCUCAACCACGACACCUUCCUGGUCAUCCGCUACGUCAAGAGGAGGCUCACGGUGCUGAUCGACAUCGACGGCAAGCACGAGUGGCGGGAUUGCAUCGACGUGCCCGGCGUGCGGCUGCCCCGGGGCUACUACUUUGGGACGUCCUCCGUCACCGGGGACCUGUCAGACAACCACGACAUCAUCUCGCUGAAGCUGUACCAGCUGACGGUGGAGCGGACACCGGAGGAGGAGAAACGGGAUCGGGAAGUUUUCCUGCCCGUGGUGGACAACCUGAGGCUGCCGGGAAUGGAGGCGCCGCUGGAGCCCAUGAGCGGCCUGGCCCUGUUCCUCAUCGUCUUCUUCUCGCUGGUGGCCCUCGUCUUCGCCAUCGUCAUCGGCAUCAUCCUCUACAACAAGUGGCAGGAGCAGAGCCGCAAGCACUUCUACUGACCCCAGAGCCCCGGGGCUAGCGGGGGCCACGUCCCCAUUGCCAGCCGUGCCAGGGACCCCCAAAGGACGGUGCCAGCCCGGCUGAGGGGUGCUGGAACGUUCCCUGGCAGAGACUUCCCAGCGCUUCUCCUGCUGCUGUGGCCACCAGAACCCUCCUGGACGAGCCCCCUCCUGGGCGAGUGGUGGCCGCAUCCCUGGCCGCACGCCAGGGUGGCAGGGAACCCCAAAUCCCUGGCAUGGGGACGGUGCCAGCCCAGCUGAGGGGCGCAGAGACUUCCCAGUGCUUCUCUCGCUGCUGUGGCCACCAGGUGAGCCCCACCCUGGCUAGUGCUGGCCACACCACAUUGCCACCAGUGCCAGGGCACCAAGGACCCCCCCAAAUCCCUGGCAUGGGGACGGUGCCAGCCCAGCUGAGGGGUGCAGAGACUUCCCAGUUGCCACCAUCCAGCUGUGGCCACCAGAACCCCCCCCGGACGAGCCCCUCCGGAUGCUGCUGCUGCUUUUCCCGGCUGGAUGAACUGGAAGAGCCCCCUCCUCAUUUCUGGGGGUCCCCCUCCCCGUUUCCCAGCAUGUGGCCAGCCCUGCAUGUCCUACCUCAGGGACUGCCCCGGUGGCCUCGGGGGGGUUUUGGUGGCCCCCGGGCUAGGAGAGCACCGGGGGGAUUGUCCAUGCUGGGAGUUGUUUCCAAGGAGAGUUUUCCUGGA